UACAAUUGGUAUAAGGUGUGCUUAGAAUAAGAACCAUGUCAUCCUCUGAAGCAGUUUUGAGUGUGCAAGAGCUGAUAAAGAAACCCCUCACUUCGGUUCCUCAACGCUAUAUCACUCAACCUUCUUCACCUUUACUUCAACAUCAAACCCUCUCUCAUGUAAUCCCAACCAUAAGCCUCAAAAAAUUGAUUCAUGGAGAAACUCAUGAACAAGAGAAAUUGAACUCAGCUUGUAGGAACUGGGGUUUCUUUCAGUUGGUAGAGCAUGGAAUCAGCCCUUUGAUGCUGGAAACGCUGAAAGAUGAGAUUGAAGAAUUCUUCAGGCUGCCCUUGGAAGAAAAGAUGAAGUACAAAAUAAGGGCAGGUGAUGUUGAAGGCUACGGAGCAGUGAUUAGAUCAGAGGAUCAAAAACUUGAUUGGGGUGAUAGGUUAUAUAUGAUAACCAACCCUCUUAGCAGAAGAAAACCACAUCUUUUCCCAGAGCUCCCUUCAUCACUUAGAAGUAUCUUGGAAUUGUACAUGGUGGAGUUGCAAAACCUUGCUAUGACAUUUGUUGGACUGUUGGGAAAAGCCCUGAAGGUGGAAAAGAGAGAGUGGGAUGAGCUGUUUGAGGAUGGGAUGCAAUCAGUGAGGAUGACAUACUAUCCUCCAUGCCCUCAACCACAGAGGGUAAUGGGAUUCACUGCUCAUUCAGAUGCAACAGGAAUCACCUUUCUCAACCAAGUCAAUGGAGUGCAUGGCCUACAGAUUAAGAAAGAUGGCAUUUGGAUUCCAGUCAACAUCAAAUCAGAUGCUCUUAUUGUCAAUAUUGGGGACAUUCUUGAGGUUUGUUAAUCAGUACUAUUCUAUAUUUCUUUCAUAUUUCGUUCUAUACCCACAACAAUGCAUACCCGUUUCACUUUUUAACCCUUUUUUUUAGGUCUAAUCUUUAA